CCCAUGUGGAGGAAGAUGAGACCGACAUUACAAUAAAACUUGAAAGGUUAAUGAAGAAAUAUAGCAUCCAAAAAUAGUUUAUAUUGAAAACUCCUUUGUUUUUUUAUUUGUUUUCGUAGUUUUUGGUACUUUACGCCAGCAGAAAUAUGUUAAAAGAAGUGCUGGUCAUUUGUUUUUCAGCCAUCUUCCCAUUGUUACUUUCAGCCUAUGAGGCUCCUGAGGAUAAGGAGGACAUUUUUGCCAGCAGGCCCUGUCCUGCAUUUCUUGUCUUUGACACCGCUGCCUUCAUAGCCGACAUGACCAUUGAACUUCCUUGUCACUGCAAACCAGAGGAGACUUAUUCAGUGGUAUGGUACUAUCAAAAACAAAUUGGCUCCAUGAACACCAAGGUCCUCACGGACUUUGAAGGCACAACGGUGGUGGAAUCAUCCAAAGUUGGCAGAGGGUCAGAUCUGUACAAUCGCUUUUCCAUCCGUUUGUUCAGCCUUCUCAUCUUCAGGGUCCAGAAAGCUGACUCAGGGCACUAUAUCUGUGGCACGGCCUCUGGUGAAUUCUUCUACGGCUACGACGUUGAUGUCCAGGAGGUCCGUCAAGUUUUAUUUCCCUGGAACGUCAAACAGAGAACUCAAGUACAAGAAGCAGAGCCCGUCAGAAUGAAAACGGAAAUGUUUCAAGUGUUCACCAGCUACUGGUCAUGGUCUAAAUGUGACCGCUGUGACAUCCAGGGGGAGCAGACGCGUGUGGGACUUUGUUAUGUCAAAAGCAUUUACCUCCAUGUACGUUAUCAGCAUGAAUCGGGUGCAGCGGCUUCCUGUGGUUCCUCAGCCGUUCCCCAACAGUUUGGACUUUCAGGCAGUGGCUACGGUGCCGAGCUUGAGGUGAGGAACUGCCACACCAGCUGUACUCCGAAACCUACAACAUCUCCAGAGAGACAAGCUCUGCUGAAGUUCCUCGAGUAUGAUGAUCGAGGUGUCACCAUCCACUUCCACAACCACCCCACAGACUCUGAUCUGGUCUUGACCUGUCCUGGCGCCAAACCACAGUACACUGUGGCCUGGGAUAAAGGCUCAGCACCUCUUUAUCGCUCACAGUAUAUGGAGGGUUUGAAUAAGACGUCUCGCAUCUUCAUUGACACCGGUCACCACCUGCACUUCAGGCCUGUGCGUCUGGAAGAUAAAGGCUCCUAUUUCUGCUGGCUCCAAGGCGAGCUGGCUGCAGAGAUCAGACUGGGGGUGUAUCUGCGCUUGGGACGUUUGCGUCAAAUCUCUGACCCGGAGUCUCUCUAUGCACUACAAGUUAUACUUGCUUGCUACAUUGGCAUUACAGCUAUGUUUCUCUUGACUGUCUUAGUCAGAUUUAUUUGGCAGAUAAGCAAGGAAGAUACAUUUGCAGAUAUUAACAGAACUUGAAUGUGCAUCAAUUAUACUGACGUAUGUUUACUGUGAAGUGCAACGUGAAAUUGAAUAAAUAUGCUGCUUAAUGAA